AUGGGUGUUGUUGACGUCCUCACUCGCAAGACCGGUGUCAUCGUUGGCGACGAUGUGCUGAGACUCUUCGAAUACGCCCAGGAACACAAAUUUGCCAUUCCUGCCGUCAAUGUCACCUCCUCCUCCACUGCCGUCGCAGCCCUUGAGGCUGCCCGCGACAAGAAGGCCCCCAUCAUCCUUCAGAUGUCCCAGGGCGGUGCUGCUUACUUCGCUGGAAAGGGUGUCGCCAACUCCAACCAAGAAGCCUCUAUUGCUGGUGCCGUCGCUGGCGCCCACUACAUCCGCAGCGUUGCCCCAAUCUACGGCAUUCCUGUUGUCCUCCACACUGAUCACUGCGCUAAGAAACUUCUUCCAUGGCUUGACGGCAUGCUCGAUGCCGAUGAACAAUACUUCAAACAGCACGGCGAGCCAUUGUUCUCCAGCCACAUGAUCGAUCUCUCGGAGGAGACUGUUGAGUGGAACAUCGAGACCACAGCCAAAUACCUCAAGCGCGCUGCCCCAAUGAAACAAUGGCUCGAAAUGGAAAUUGGUAUCACUGGUGGUGAGGAAGAUGGUGUUAACAACGAGGAUGUUGAUAAUGCCUCUCUUUACACUCAGCCAGAAGAUAUCUUGAACAUCUACAACACUCUCUCCCCCAUCAGCCCCUACUUCUCGAUUGCCGCUGGAUUUGGCAACGUCCACGGUGUCUACAAGCCUGGAAACGUUCGUCUCCACCCCGAGCUGCUCUCGAAACACCAGGCCCAUGUCAAGGCCAACACUGGCUCCAGCAAAGACAAGCCAGUCUUCCUCGUCUUCCAUGGAGGUUCCGGCUCUUCCAAGGAGGAGUACCGGGAAGCCAUCAGCUACGGUGUUGUCAAGGUUAACAUGGACACUGAUAUGCAGUAUGCAUACAUGUCCGGUGUCCGUGACUACAUCCUCAAGAAGAAGGACUACUUGAUGACGGCUGUCGGUAACCCCGAUGGCGACGACAAGCCCAACAAGAAAUACUUUGAUCCCCGCGUCUGGGUCCGUGAUGGAGAGAAAGUCAUGUCCGCCCGCACCCAGGAAGCUCUUGAUGACUUCAAUGCCUCCAACCAGCUGUAA